AUGAAUCUCCGAGUAGUAGGAAAUGAACGUCGGCAAAAGCACAAGGAUUUUAUAAACAACGUCAGAAGCAAUUCUCUUUACAAAAGCAGUAUAGUUUUGUCUCACCUCAAAACUGCUAGUAAUCGUUGCAGCUCAGAACUUUUAAAGCAUAAAACUAUUGGUCGUAGAGUACAAGUUUUACUGGAGAAUACAAUUAUCCAAAAAUGCGAAAAAGGAGUCAGCAGCAUUAAUUCAUUGUUAAAACAACAGAGGAAAGAAAUAAGCAAAUAUCUUGCUUCCAUGCAUAACUGCGAAAAGAAAUUUGAACAAUCGGCAUACAGACCGGUAGAAUUCCUAGUAUAUCUAAAGAAAACUGGAGUCCCUAUAAUGAAAGACAUUCCCAAAUUUGUACGAUUCGAUCACUAUUACUUAGAUAGGAAAUGCAACAUAAAAGAGAACAUUCAGGCUUUGUGUGAGUUUCCCAUCAGAGAAUUAGGAACAAUUCAAUUUGGAAGUCAGUUUUUGUUGAAACUGAUGCCCAUAGCAGUAUUGAAAAAUUCAAUCAAAUUAGAAUAUAUUUCAAAUGCUUAUCACAUUUGCUGUGUGACAUCGGAAAUGAUCACUGUAAGUGAUGAAGACAAGAUCUUUUUGGUACACACUACAAAUCAAACACAGCAUCUUUUCACAAUUAAGAACAAAGAUGAUAGAGGCGUGCAUACAGUCAACGGUGUUGGGGAACUGAUUUACAUGGACAAGAAUUUCAACAUUAAAUCAUUUUCUGCAGUAGAACUUAAAACAAAAACUCUAGUCAAGAAAAUAGAACCUUGGAGGCCACGUUGUAUCUACUGCAACCCAUCUACAGGAGAACUACUUGUCGGGAUGAAGAGAAUUCAAACAAUGUCAAACCAAUCUACCACAAAAUGGACAGGAAAGGUGAACAGGUAUAACAGCAAAGGUCAACGAGUCCAGACCAUCCCUCGCAUGACCAACAAAAAUAGUCAAGUAGAUUAUAGGACUCCUUUCUGCAUCACAGAGAACUGCAAUAGGGACAUUAUUGUGUCCGACAUUGAUCUAGGUGCAGUAGUGGUGGUCAACCAUUUGGGACAAAAUCGAUUUUCCUUCAAAUUAAGGUCACAGGUCAGAUUUGCAACUUUCACCAAGGGGAGUUAA